UCGGUAACCACGUGAAAGUCCAGCCCUAUCCCAGGAGGAAUAGCAUGUUCAGCAGGCAGUGCUUUCUUUCGGUUGAAGAUAAUUUAUUUCCUUAUGAAACGAGUAACGAAGAAUGAAAUGAAAUCAAAAUUGAUACAAAGAAUAAUGAAUCGACCGGUGAAACAUCAACUAUCUACACCUUAAACUUUUUCCUUUGACGAAUCAGGAUAGUAUGUAUACGCUUAACCAUAUCAGCUUUGGCUUCGGGAUUUGUUGCUAAUAGGCAAAGCCUUACAAAAAUGUCAGUUUUAGAUCGUAUUUGUCUCAUGAACUUCUCUUCAGCAAUUAUUGUAUUACAUAUGUCACAAUUACAUGCAGAUUAUGAAGGAUACGUACCGCGUAGAUGGCGUUUCAUUAUUCUCACAUCAGCCGAACACCUCGCUCGCGAGAAGUGUCAGUGUCAAGUCCCCGAGUGAAUUCCGAACUCCGAACACGAACCUAUAAAUAUUCCAGUUUCUUCGAUUUGUUCUCCGGAAUCAUUAUCAUUGAAUAACGUAGCUCCGUCAAUUCGUAGCGGAGGCUGUCGCUGCAAGAAUGGCCGAUUUCCUAGAUUCGGAAGCAGAGGAGAGCGAGGAGGAGGACGAAUUGAAUGAAGUGGAGAAAAAGAAAUUGAAGAAAAUAAAAGCUGUGGAGGAGAGCGACGACGAAGAGGAGGAAGACGACGAGGAUCGUUUGCGCGAAGAACUAAAGGAUUUGAUCGACGAUAAUCCGAUAGAAGAAAGCGAAGGCGAAGACAGCGAUGCUUCAGGCGCAUCUAAGAAACGCAAAAAGAGUGACGAUGAGGAUUUCGACGAUCGUUUGGAAGACGAAGAUUAUGAUUUGAUAGAAGAGAAUUUGGGGGUCAAAGUCGAGAGAAAACGUUUCAAACGCCUCCGCAGGAUUCAGGACGAAGAAUCGGAAGAGGAACAGGAGAAGGAGGCCGACGACGAUAGAGAUGCCAUCGCAAACGAACUUUUCGAAGGCUCCGGAGAUGAAAGGGAGAUUGCUCUGGAAGACGAAAGAAGAAGCGAGCGGAGUCAUAGGCCCGAGGUGGACACGUUCGACGAAGAGGGGAGCGAGGGCGAGUACACGGACGCGGACGAUUUCAUCGUCGACGACGAUGGGAGACCGAUCGCCGAGAAACGUAAAAAGAAGAAGCCGAUCUUUUCGGACGCGGCCCUGCAGGAAGCUCAAGACAUAUUCGGUGUCGAUUUCGAUUAUGACGAGUUCGGAAAAUACGGCGAGGAAGAUUACGAGGAAGAGGAGGAUGAGGAGGAGGAGGAAGAGGAAGAUGACUACGUGGAUGAGGAAGACGCCGAAAGACCGCGAAGACCGAAGAAACAGUUGAAGAAGAAGACUACCAGGAAAAGUAUCUUCGAAAUCUACGAACCGAGCGAGUUGAAACGCGGUCACUUCACCGACAUGGAUAACGAAAUACGAAACACGGACAUACCGGAAAGAAUGCAACUCCGAUAUGUUCCCGUUACCUCGGUUCCGGAGGGUUCCGACGAACUGGAUCUCGAAGCGGAAUGGAUCUACAAACAGGCCUUCUGUCGACCGACCAUCUCCGUCCAAGAUGCGCAUUUGAACGCCGAAGCUAAAGAAAGGGCUCGAAAGGGACCUCAGACCGUCGGUAAAAUCAAGAAGGCGUUGGAUUUCAUGAGAAAUCAACAGUUCGAGGUACCCUUUGUGUCGUUCUACAGAAAGGAAUACGUUUUGCCAGAGUUGAACAUAAACGAUCUUUGGAAGGUGUACAAGUUCGACGCAAAAUGGUGUCAGCUUCGUCAGAGGAAAGAAAACCUGUUGAAACUAUUUGAGAAGAUGAGAAACUAUCAGUUGGAUGAGAUCAUGAAGAAUCCUGACGCGCCAUUAUCCGAUAAUGUGCGACUGAUCAUGGACGAUGACAUAGAACGACUAAAGAACGUACAGACGAGCGAAGAGCUGAACGACGUUUAUCAUCAUUUCAUGCUGUAUUACAGUCAUGAAAUCCCGGCGAUGCAAGAGGCCGCUCGUCGAAAGGAGAAAGAGGCACGAAAGGAGGCGAAACGAAUGCAGAAACGGAAACAGCGGCUGCUGCGGCGGCGGGCGGAAGGUGGCGAAGAGGAGAACGGAGAUGAUCCGGCUUUGGCGGGGGAAGAAGAAGGAGACGGAGAUGCGGAGGAAGGAGACGAGGAGGAAGAAGAGGAGACUGAAGAACCGGACGACACGUUGAAACAGGCGAUUCGAACCGGUCCGUAUUCCAUCUGCAGGCGAGCCGGUCUCGAAGGUCUUGCAAAAAGGUUCGGUCUCUCUCCGGAGCAUUUCGCUGAAAAUUUACGCGACAACUAUCAACGACACGAAGUGGAUCAAGAGCCCACGGAACCUUUGGUACUCGCGAACGAGUACUGCGGUCAGGUGCUCAAGACUCCGGAAGAGGUGUUGAAAGCCGGUCAAUUGAUGGUGGCCAUUCAGCUGGCGCGCGAACCGUUGGUAAAAAAGUGCGUCCGGGAAAUGUACAUGGAGAGAGCGAAGAUAUCUGUAAGGCCUACGAAAAAAGGGAUCAAAGAGAUAGACGAGAAUCAUCCGAUCUACGGGAUGAAGUAUCUGAAGGAUAAACCAGUGCGCGAUCUUGUCGGCGAUCAGUUUCUAAAAUUGAUCAUAGCCGAGGAGGACAAAUUGAUUUCGAUUUCGUUGAGCGAUACGAUCGAGGGUAAUACAAGCAGCAACUACGUCGAUGAGAUGAAACAGCUGUAUUAUCGAGACGAAUUCAGCAAGAACGUUCAAGAUUGGAAUGCGCUCAGAGUUGGAAGCGUCGAAACGGCGCUGACGCGUAUAGUCCUGCCGAGCCUGAAGAAAGAGCUUCGGACGAAUCUGAUCGCAGAAGCGAAGGAAUGCGUGAUGAGGGCAUGUUGUCGGAAAAUGUACAAUUGGAUCAAGGUCGCUCCUUACACCUACGAAUUUCCCGAGGAAGAAGACGAGGAAUGGGAUACUUCAAAAGGGCUGCGCGUGAUGGGUAUAGCCUACGUUCCGGAUUACUCACAAGCCGCGUUCGCUUGCCUGAUUUCUCCCGACGGAGAGUGCACGGAUCACUUGAGGUUACCGCACUUGUUGAAACGAAAGAAUGGCUAUCGCGAGGACGAAAAGGCUAUGAAGGAAGCGGAUUUGUUGGCAAUUCGGAAUUUUCUAGCGACCAAAAAGCCGCACGUUGUAGCGAUAGGCGGCGAGUCAAGGGAGGCGAUGAUGAUCGCCGCCGACGUAAAAGAAUGCAUCACGAAUCUCGGCGAGGAGGAACAGUUUCCGAGUGUUCAGGUGGAGAUCUGCGACAACGAAUUGGCUAAGAUUUAUUCGAACAGCAACAAAGGUGUAUCCGAGUUCCGGGACUAUCCGGAAUUGUUGCGACAGGCCAUUUCGUUGGCUAGGAGGAUGCAGGAUCCGUUGGUCGAAUUUUCUCAGCUGUGCACCGCUGACGAGGAAAUUUUAUGCCUCAAGUAUCACAGUUUGCAAGAUCAGCUGCCGAAGGACGAGCUACUAGAGAAUUUGUAUCUGGAGUUUGUAAAUCGUGUGAACGAAGUUGGCGUCGACGUGAACAGGGCAGUGCAGCAAGCGUAUUGCGGGAACCUGGUUCAAUUCGUGUGUGGUUUGGGUCCCAGGAAAGGUCAAGCGUUGAUCAAGAUGUUGAAACAGACGAAUCAAAGGUUGGAGAACAGAACGCAGCUGGUAACUGCUUGCCACAUGGGGCCGAAGGUUUUCAUCAAUUGCGCCGGUUUCAUCAAGAUAGAUACGAACAGUUUAGGAGACAGCACCGAGGCGUACGUUGAGGUACUCGACGGAUCUCGCGUGCAUCCAGAAACGUACGAAUGGGCGAGGAAGAUGGCUGUCGACGCUUUGGAGUACGACGACGAGGACGCGAAUCCCGCUGGCGCUCUUGAGGAGAUUCUCGAGUCUCCAGAGAGGCUAAAGGAUCUUGAUCUGGACGCGUUCGCGGAGGAGCUCGAGAGACAAGGUUUCGGCAAUAAAUGCGUCACGUUGUAUGAUAUCAGAGCAGAAUUGAAUUGCAGAUACAAAGAUUUACGCGUGCCGUAUCAGUCGCCGAGCCCAGAAAAGUUGUUUGACGUUCUGACCAAAGAAACACCGGAAACGUUUUACGUCGGUAAACUGGUGUUGGCGACGGUAAUCGGGAUCAGCCACAGGAAACCGCAGGGCGAACAGUUGGAUCAAGCCAACCCGGUGAGGAACGACGAGACCGGAUUGUGGCAAUGCCCUUUCUGUUUGAAGAACGACUUCCCGGAACUCUCCGAAGUAUGGAAUCAUUUCGAUGCCGGUGCUUGUCCCGGCAAAGCCACUGGCGUCAGAUUGAGAUUGGACAACGGGAUAUCCGGUUAUAUUCACAUAAAAAACUUAUCCGACAGACACGUCGCAAAUCCCGAAGAGAGAGUGAGCGUUGGCCAGAUAAUACACUGUCGCAUAAUCAAAAUUGAGGUGGACCGAUUCAGCGUGGAAUGUACCAGCAAAAGCAGCGAUCUCGCAGACAAAAAUCACGAGUGGAGGCCGCAAAGGGAUCCGUUCUACGAUUUGGAAUCCGAACAGAAGGAUGCGAAAGUUGAGGAGGACGCGAAAAAAGCAAAGCAACGUCAGACCUACGUGAAACGUGUAAUCGUGCAUCCAUCCUUUCACAAUAUCAGUUUCGCGGAAGCCGAGAAAUUGAUGCAGACCAUGAAACAAGGAGAAGCAAUAGUCAGGCCGAGCAGCAAAGGCGCCGAUCACUUGACAGUCACGUGGAAAGUAACCGAUCAAAUUUAUCAACACAUAGACGUACGGGAGGAAGGAAAGGAAAACGCUUUCUCCCUGGGGCAAAGCCUGUGGAUCGGGAACGAAGAAUUCGAAGAUUUGGACGAGAUCAUCGCGAGGCACGUUAAUCCUAUGGCUGCGUACGCUUCAGAAUUGUUAGAUUUCAAAUACUACAAGCCGACCGUCGAAGGUAUCAAGGAUAAAGCUGAGGAAAUUCUGAAGGAGCAAAAGAAAGAUAACCCUGGAGGGAUUCCUUAUAUAAUAUCCGCCGCGAAGAAUUAUCCUGGAAAAUUUCUACUGUCUUACCUGCCGCGGGCUCGAUGCCGUCACGAAUACGUAACGGUGUCGCCGGAAGGAUUCCGAUUCAGGGGACAAAUGUUUGGCAGAGUGAGCGAUCUCUUCCGAUGGUUCAAAGAACACUUUCGGGAUCCGGUACCUGGACAAUCUACUCCUAGUACUCCUCGCGGUGCUAUGACGUCCAGAACGCCGUAUCAUACGACUCCGGGCGCGGUUACCGGGAUGAAUCAAGAAGCAAUACAGCGAGUAGCGCAGAAUCUUCCACAUCACAUGUUGCAUUCUCUGACUCAAGUGGCGAAUCAAACUCCACAUCACUAUCCGCCGCACACGCCGGGAACGGCGAGCGCUGCUGCUGGUUACGGUGGCGUUCACACUUACCCCAACACGCCGUACACUCCAUCCGGACAAACGCCUUUCAUGACGCCUUAUCAAACGCCGCAUCAUACCCCGCAUCAUCACGGCCAACCGACGCCGAGGUACGGUCAACAAACGCCUAGUCACCAGCAGCAAGCCAAUCCGUUCGUCCAUCCACCUCCUCCUUCCGCCGGGAUGACCGGGCCGGGGCAUCACAGAUCGACUCCGUCGCACAGACCUACACCUCCCAUGUCCGCGGCCGGCGAUCCUAUGGAUUGGAAGAAGGCGGCGGAAGCGUGGGCUCGUUUGAAAAGCGGACCGCGCGUACCUGGUUCUACUCCGAGGUACGAAGACUCGAGGAAGAUACCGCGUAAUUACGAGGAAUCAAUCGGUAGAACGACACCGCGGAAUAGAACUUCGAACGCUCGGACACCUUCUUACAAGUCUCCACGAGGUACGCCGCACACCAAUUCUAGUCCACGGAGUAUGUCUCUCAGUGGAGACGGAACUCCUUUGUACGACGAAAGCUAACGAGUUCGCGUACGCGUAAUUAAUCGUCUUUCUCCGCGCGCUAUAUGUACGAUGUAAAAAAUCGUAUUGUUGGAUAUUUUACUCGCUGUAGUUUUUUUUAAUGUGGAUUUUACCCGUCAUCGUGCGCUAACUCGUAACGAACGCGUACGUGCAGAUGAUCAUGUAAGUAUGUAUUUGUAACUAUUACUUAUUUCACGUAUAACGUAUAUUUUUUCAUCAUGUUUGAGUUUCAGCUUUAACGAUGCUGAGUUAUCGUACAAUUCUUAGGUUUUAACUUAGCUAUGCAACACGUUUCUUACAAACUUUAUACACUUGUUAAAUUACAUCGCUGAUCAAUGAAUAAAACAAUUUUAUCUUGUACAA